GGCGGCACCUUCCUAUUUCUUCUCAGCCACAGCCCUCCCCUUAGAGUUGAGCAUCUAUUUGCCUGAAGUUAAUUUCCAGAAGCAGGUGUCCCCAGAGCUGGGCCAGGGGGAUGAACCGCGAGGGAGCACCCGGGAAGAGUCCGGAGGAGAUGUACAUUCAACAGAAGGUCCGCGUACUGCUCAUGCUGAGGAAGAUGGGGUCAAAUCUGACCGCCAGCGAGGAAGAAUUCCUGCGCACCUAUGCGGGGGUAGUCAGCAGCCAGCUCAGCCAGCUGCCGCAGCACUCCAUCGACCAGGGUGCAGAGGACGUGGUAAUGGCGUUUUCUAGGUCGGAGACAGAAGACCGGAGGCAGUAGCUGAAAACCCCUUGGAACACCCCGGAAGCCACCGAUGGCCAAGAGAUCGGCGUGGCUCCUUCGCCGGUUGAGUGGUAGCAAACCACCUUCUUCCCUCUCUCUGCCCCCUCGCCCACCAGACCCUCCCCACCCCAGCCACUCAGCAGGGCUGGCAUCAAGGGAGAUGCCAGUGGUGGCUUGUGAUUGGUUUGAAGGGAUGGACUUGUGAUUGGCUGCAGGAAGAAACCUUUUUAUUUUUAAAUCUUGACCAACGGAAACCUUUUAUUUUUAUUUUUGACUCUUUAUUUUUUUAAAAAUUUGCGCCUCGGUAUCUGGCUUCCCCCCUGAAGCUCUCCGAGCUCUGGUGCUUUAUUUAGGUCGUUUUCUUAGGAAUGUGAAGAGGCCCAAUUGGCUGCUUAAACUGGAGAAAGAUUGUGAUUGGCUGGCUAGUGGGAACGUGGUCUUUUCUUUGAUUGGCUGCAGGUGUUCUGCUCCUAUCAUCAACUUCCUCUGUUCUGAAUGCAGAAAACAGGGUUUGGGAUAUUGAUUGUUAUAUUUGACUUAAAAAAAAAAAAAGAAGAAGAAGAAGAAAGAAAACAAAUGAGCUUUGCAAUAUUUAUUACACAAAGAGCUUGCUGCUGCCUUCACAUACUGGGUUGGUGUUUGGAUUUGACUGGCAUUCAGUGUGUGGGUUUUGUUUCCCAUUGGCUCACCCCUAACUCCCGUUGCCAUGGCCUGACUUCCACUCUGCUGCUUAUUUGAGGCCUGAGGGUAUACCUGGAGAUUGCAUGUGCUUUAAUGACCACACCUGCCUCCACCAGCGAAGGGACCCUAGGGACCCUGAGCAGGGUCCACAGCUGAAAAACAGGGCCCCUAAGGAGCUUUGUGUUGUCGUGAGCCAGCAGCCCAGAGCUCAGGGGUGACCAGGAGGCAGGAUUUAUGUAUGCAAUCCUAAGAGUUGGCAGCCAGCCAGUUUCCUGGGGCGAGAAUGGGUUGUGCAGACUUCUCCAGAAUGCUGGCUAGCAGCUCCAUCCUCUUUGUCAGGCCCUGUGUCCCACUAUCUCAGAUUUUGGCAUCACCAGAUCCUGAAGAUUAUGAGGGGUCUUUACCAGAGCCUUGAACCUAAUCAGAUAUACCCCAGUUUCACUCCCAGAACCCCAGAGACUGCAAGCUUGGCUCCAGGCACAACCUAGCCAGGCUUCCCAGGUCCAUUGCAGGGGCAGUAGGCCCUGGGAAACAGGUGUCUUUUACCUGAGCCCGAGCCCCUGAUGUAUUGUAUCUUCCCACGUCCACCUAUGGCUUAUGUAUGAAAAGCCACCAGGAAUAGCAGCUAGACUUUCCCACAGUGGGCCACAGGCUAGCCCACAGGUCCAGCCCGAGGGCCACAUGAGCAGAAGGGUCUGGGUCAUCUCCCCAACCCCUGCCACCCCCACCACGCCUUCCCUGGGAGUUAGGGAAAUGGUUAAUGACCGGUGUCCCUUUCUUGUCCUGGGUACCAUGAGGCAGAAAACUCUUGGAGCCUUUUUCCCCUUUUUGGGGCUCAGGGAUUGUGCAGGAGCCCAGGGCCAGCAUGCCUUGAGACCGAGCGCUGGGACACCUCCCUCCCUGGUAGCAGAUGAUCUGCACUAACCAGCCUUGUUCCAGGAGGAGAAUUCGAGUGCCCUGUCCUCCAGCACUGGGCCUGUGAGAUGGCAGUAACAUGCCAAGGCCAUUGAGCUCCAGGAAGCAAGGACAAUGGAGAGUCAGCUACGCCAACCCCGGCCUGACCAGCAAGAGCCUGAGAGGAGAGCAUCGUUCCUGAAGAGCAACAGUGUGUGUGUGCGGGCACAGUAUGAGUUCACACACCUACAGACACAUGCCUGCUCUGCCAGCUCGGCAUGGCCUGAGUGAGGCCCUGGGCAGAGAUGGGGUUUUUCGGUCUCUCCGCACUCGGGUGAUUACAUCUAAAGUCAGGUGUUCCCUGCCUCAGUUGGUUCCUGUGACUCCCGGGAGGCGAGCCCUGGUGUUGGCAUAUGCUCUAUCCUAGCAGUGGUUCUCAGCUCCCAACUGAGCCAUGGCCAGGCUCAGCCUCCGAGAAGAACAGUGCAAGUGUCACCGUAGCUUCUUGUUCUAACUGAAAGUCUAUCUAAUGGAGAAAAACUAACAAUAAAGGUUUUUCAUAGCUUGGUGGGUAA